AUGAAGUUAAGUUCCCUAAUAAUUUACAUAGUACUUCUAGUAGGAGGUCAAGUGGUAGAAGGUUCAGUACCUUACUUGGUAUCUUUAAAGCCUUCAGAAUCCUUACAAUCAUUUUUAGCCUAUGAUAUCUUAUAUCCUAAGACUCAAAGAGUUAAAGCGCUUAUAAGUAAUACAUUUAGUAUUGGUAAUUUCAGCGGAUUUUCAGGAAAUUUUUCUAAAACAGUAAUUGAAAGAUUGAAAAAGUGUCCAUUAGUUUCAGAAAUAACUCCUGAUAUUCAAAUUAAAGCAUUAGAAAUUAAUGUACAAGAGGAUGCUCCAAGACAUUUAGCACGAAUAUCUAGAAGGAAGAAAUUAAAACUGGGAACUUAUUUUGAAUAUCAGUAUAAUUCUAAAGCUCAAGGUCAAGGAGUUAAUGCAUAUGUAUUAGAUUCAGGAAUUAAAGUUAAUCAUCCUGAUUUACAAGGUCGAGCAAUAUUUGGAGCUGAUUUUACUAAAGAAGGUUCAGGAGAUAGUAAUGGACAUGGAACUCAUGUGGCAGGUAUUAUUGGAUCAGAAACUUAUGGAGUUGCCAAACAAGUAACAAUAAUUGAAGUUAAAGUAUUAGAUAGUUCAGGAUCAGGAUCAUUAAGUACAAUAAUAUCGGCUUUAGAAUUUGCAGUUAAUCAUAGGAUGAGAAGUGGUAAACCAGGAGUUGCCAAUCUUUCAUUAGGAGCAUAUAAAAAUCUGGUAUUAAACCGAGCCGUUAAUGAAGCAUUUAAUACUGGAUUAGUUGUUGUUGUUGCAGCAGGGAAUUCUAAUAUUAAUGCAUGUAUAUCAAGUCCAGCAAGUGCAGAAACUGCCAUUACAGUUGGAGCAAUUGAUGAUUAUAGUGAUACAUUAGCAUCAUUUACAAAUUGGGGAGAAUGCGUAGAUAUUUUUGCUAGUGGAGUUUAUGUUGCAAGUCUUGGAUUAAAUGAUGAUCCACAAUAUCUGUCAGGAACAUCAAUGGCAUCACCAGCUGUUGCAGGAUUAGUUGCUAAUUUAUUAAGUCAAGGAGUUAAUGUAUCACAAGUUAAAUCUAAAUUAAUUAGUAUGGCAAUUAAAGAUAAGAUUCCAAGAACUUCAUUAUUAUUAAGACAAAAGACUCCCAAUAGAAUAGCAUAUAAUGGGAUUGAAGAGUAUGAUUCAGAUAGUGAAACUGAUGAAGAUUAGGUGUAAGUAGAAUAAGUGUAGAGUAUUAGUAUGAAUAGAGUAGUAGUAUAGUGAAUGGCGUAGAAUAGAGUAUAGUAGCAGUAGUAACAGUAGUAGCAGUAGUAACAGUAGUAGCAGUAGUAGCAAUAGUAAGUAUAGUAACA